AUGUUUAUCAACAGCUGCCCUCUUCAUAGCGAAUGCAUUCUUCUCAUUUUUUGCCUGUCCUUGGCAACACGCCGCCAACAGGUUCUUCCCAAGCACGUGAAGGAGGCGUAUCGUCUACUCAACAAGUCCGUCAUUCGUGUGGAGCAGCCAGAUAUCCACCUCUAUGAGGAAGAAGAGGAAGAGAAUGAGGCAGAAGGAGGAGAAAACGCACAAGACGCCAUGGAAGUUGACGAGCCACCUGUCAACGGCGUUGCUGGGGAUGCACCAGGUGAUGGAGACGAUGUGAAUGACAUUGGUGUCAUCCAGCCUAAGCAGAAGAAGGAAGAGAGUGUCAAGAAAGCGCAUCUGACAGCUGCUCAGCAGAAGGCUCUGACACUUUCAUACGAGGACUACAAGAGAACUGCUAACCUGCUUGUUUUACACCUGCUGCGUGAGGAGAGUCGAAUGGAAGCUGCGGAGCAGGAAGGGGCAGCAGCUGACGAUGAAGGUGGUGUACGGCGCAUGGAUCUCAUCAACUGGUACCUGAAGGAAAUUGAGAGUGAAAUAGAGACGCAGGAAGAGCUCAUCCAGCGCAAGACCAUUGUGGAAAAAAGUAAUCGACCGACUUGUCCACCGGGAUCACAUUCUUAUCGCACUCUCCAAGAGUGGCCUGAAAGGCGCUGAAGCGGACGGUGAAGAAGACGAAAACCCAAUCUUGGUCGUUCACCCCAACUUUGUCCCUGAACUGUCGUGAGGAGCUCUGCUCAGGCUUGCCCACAUUAUUGUCAUUAGCCUGUGGCACUGCCAUACCGUUCACACGCAGCCAGUUGUUCACGUGUACAAAGUGUAUAUAUGUACUUUACCACAUAUUGCCCAUGGACUUCCAAGAAAACUGGUGCUCAGCAUCCUUAUAUUUUUACGUGCAUUUGCACUUUUUAGGGCAUUAAUCGUGGCUAGUAUCUGUGUUUAGCAACCCAGUGUUUGUCAAAACCGGCGUUCUUGUCAGUGAGCUUUUAAAAAAUUACAUUUUGAAUUCAUAUACAAUACUCUGCUUUUUGCACUAUCGUUUCAUAACUUUAAACAUAACCUGCGAAACACUUUUGUGAGGUAGUGUUUUAAAUAAAAAAUUUGUUCUUUUUUCA